GCAGCCAGCCACCUCACAAGGCAAACCAUGAUGAAGCUAAUGAUAGGAAAGUGUGCGGUUCCCUCUUGUCCCCUCUAUUUUUAUCUGAGUUUUUACUGUCUCUUUUCCCCUUAGAUAUUUAGCUUCUUAUGUAAGCCCUUCAUGAAACAUGGGAGAAGUUUAAAGAUACGUUUUUACCUAAUAUGUACUGGCCAUUCAUUAUAAAUGAAGCUCUCUUUCUAAAUUUGUAAGUUUCUAAAUGUUCAAAAACGUCACUCACACUAGCUCGUUGGUCUCUUGAAACGUCCUGGAGUUCUCCGCUCCAAGAGCUAAAGACCAAACCAUAAGCUGAAGAAGACAAAAGGAGACUGCCCACAUAAAAAGGAGUUACCCAGAGAGAUUCCAAGAUUUGUUGCACAGCAAAAUUUUGUCCUGUAACGCUCGAUGUAAACAACGAGCGUUUAAUGGUGAAACCUAAGUUUUGUUGGCGAAUCAACAGUUUUCUUCCUCUUCAGGAACCAUGCUAGAAAAUGAUGAAAGGUUGGCUGUAGUGGGAAGGAGCAGAAGACUCUCAUUGGCUGCGACGUUAUGGCGAAAAUGCUUCCUAAGUGGUUGAAGAGGGAGAAGAAGAAGAAGAAGAAGAAGAGAGCUGACUGUAAUUAUAGUACGAAUCUAGUUACAGAUGAGAGUGAAGAUGGAGAGGAGGAGACAGGUGAUCAUUUUUUCGGGUCGAUCGAUACUGAUCCAUGCAUUCCAACUAAUGAGUUAAGAGUAUUCAUUGGGACAUGGAAUGUAGGUGGAAAGUCCCCAGUGGGAAACCUAACUGUAGAUUUGGAGGAAUGGCUGAAUCUCAAGGAGGCUGCUGAUAUCUAUGUUCUAGGGUUUCAAGAGAUGGUACCCUUGAAGACUCUUAACGUGCUGGGAUUGGCAGACAAAACUGAAGCGACGAAUUGGAAUCUAUUGAUAGAGAAAGUACUCAAUGCAUAUGGGGGGAGAAGUAGCAACAAGUACAAGAUGAUGGCAAGCAAGAGAAUGGUGGGAGUUUUUAUAUGUGUGUGGAUGAAGAAAGGGGUACUGAGGAAAUACAGUGUUUCCAAAGCUAGGGUGAGUUCUGUGGCUUGUGGCAUCAUGGGAUGUUUGGGGAACAAAGGUGCAGUAACUGUUAGCAUGUCUAUUGAAGGAGUUAGUUUUUGCUUCAUAGCUGCUCACUUGGCUUCCGGUGAGAAGAAAGGAGAUGAAGGGAGAAGGAAUCGUCAAGUGUUAGAGAUCUUCCGACGAACUUCAUUCUUACUACCAUCUAAAGAUGAUCCUAAUGAUGACCACUACCACCCGCCAACCAUCCUGGGACACGAUAGGAUAUUUUGGUUCGGGGAUCUGAACUACAGGUUGUACCUGGAAGAUCACUUGGCAAGGGACCUGGUCAGCAAGUAUGACUGGGAAGCUUUGCAGGCAUAUGACCAGCUCCGGUGCGAACUUGAAGAAGGAGGAGCAUUUGAAGGUUGGAGAGAAGGCAACCUUGAAUUUGCGCCGACAUACAAGUAUUCUGAAUCGAAUUGCGAUCGAUAUUCUGGCAGCUUCGGGGGGAGAUCUGGAGAGAAGCAGAGGACACCUGCAUGGUGUGACAGAAUCUUGUGGUGGGGAGAAGGGGUGAAGCAACUUUCAUAUUUUCGUUCUGAAAGCAUGUUCUCUGAUCAUCGGCCUGUUUCAGCAUUGUUCUCCAUGCAAGUAGAAGUCAGAAAGGAAACAAAUCAGAAAGUGUUUCCAGUGAAUGCUACUGAGUUCCGACCGCCUGAAAAUUUGCUGCCAAGAAACAGUGAGGAAGACAACAAACCUGCUACCUUGCUAUCCAUGCUUGAAAGGGAUAUAGACGAAUAAAAAAUAUAGAUAGACACAAAAAGCUGUUGCAAAAGCGAAGGAUACAGGUUUGUACACAGGGCUUCUGGCUUCUCAUGCUGUACCAGGUUGCCUUGAAGGAGAUGCAACCUUCCCAGAUGUCCACCUCUAGUUCUUUUUGAACUCGCUGUUCUUUUCACUGUAGAUAGCAUUGUUAUGCACAACCUGAAGACAAAUGUAUACAAGGGCUGAAGGCCACUAAGAGUAACUUAGUGUUCAUAGAAAACAUUCAUUCAUCGCUACACCCUGGAUAUGUCGGACUAAAGAAGAAGACAGCCAGCUGCUACUUUGUAAACAGUUCAACAAAUCAAGAACAUUCUUUACAAGCUUCUUCAAGAGAUAUGAAUUAGGAAACAGCUUUAUCAAUAUCAACAUAGGAUCUAUAUCUAUCUGACAUCAUUGUUCGAAUUGAAGGUAACCAGCCAGUCGGUUUAACAUGACCUACAAAUGUUCUCGUGCUACAUUCAACUACAAGAAUGCAGUAACAUGACAUAAAAUUUGUAUAGGGGAUCAAAUUUAAAGAAGAGUGUCGCCAAGCUCCUCCGAAUUAUCCUUGUGGCAACUUGGACAAACACAUCACUUCUGCAGCUCAUCACCAAGAACAGUGCAUUCCUGUUCUAAUUCAGAAGUCUGCUUGUGUCAGGUCAAAGAAAUAGAUUUGGAGUUUACUUAUAAAGAAUCAUGUUUCAUCAGGCAUUUCUUGAUAAGAACGGUAAUUUAGGGCGGGUCAAGACUGAAAGAUUAUAUGCUCCUCAAUAGAAUUGGAUUUAUAGAGUGAAACCUCAAGACUGAUUGUGUAUUACCUCUAUAGGUUUUUUUUUUAAUUCUAAGAACACAGUCUAGAAUCCAUCAAAUUCUAAAAGAAAGAUGGAAAAUCUGUAGAUAGAACCAAGGAUAUCUUCUUAAAUCCUGCAAUGCUUCACUCUCUUUCAUUAUCAUCUCUACCAAAGAAAUCUUCCCCUCAAGGUCACCAUACUCCAGCUGGAUUUGCUUCUGAACAUUUUCCUCGGCUUGGUAUGCUUGUGCCUCCUUUGCUAUCUCAGAAUUGACUUGUGUAAGCACAGCAUCAAGAUUUCCUUGAUCAACUUCAGUACCUGUCUUCUCUGCAGCAGUCUCACUUGAUACCAUCUGGUGGAAAUUCCUACAUGACGCACGCAUAAGUCGAGGUCUCAGUUCACUUGUCAAACUGAACAAUCAGAUCUGAAUUGAAUGCUUCUGAAACAUGCAUAAUCACCAUCUAGAGAUGACAAAACCAAGCAUAACAUAUGCAUCUUGCCACUAGGACACUCUCUUCCCUAUAUCAGACGUAA